AUGAAUGUAGUUGGAAGUAAAUGGGUUUUCAAGACCAAAUUUAAUUCAGAUGGUAAUGAUUCUCAACUUAUUUCUCUAGUUGUGACUGAUUUGAACAACAAGUUUGCUUUAAAGACUGUUGGUGAGGUCCAAUACUUCCUUGGUUUUGAAGUAAAGAGGAGUAAUUCAGGACUAUUGCUUACCCAAACUAAGUAUGCACAUGAUCUGUUACAAAAGGCUGGUAUACAAGACUGUAAACCAUGCUUAACACCUAUGGCUAUAGGCCUGAAACUUGCCAAGGAAGAUGAUGAAAUUUUUUAUCAACCAACACUCUAUAGAAGUAUUAUUGGAGGGCUGCAGUACCUCAUCCUGUCUAGACCAGAUUUGGCUUUUUCUGUCAAUAAAUUAAGUGAAUUUUUACAGCAUCCUAUAGCAGUUCACUGGACAGCAUAUUGGGCUAGAGAUGUGACUGAUCAUAGAUCAACCAGCGGCUAUAGUGUAUUCCUUGGUGGAAAUUGGAUUCAAUGGUCUCCAGAAAAUCAAAGGUGGUGUCUUCACUUCUACUGA